AUGUUACGACGAGCUGCCACGCAGGUCGCGCGAUUAACGGCGUCUACUCGUGGUUAUGGAGCUCGUUUUGCUUCAAUUAAUGGUAAUCAGGUCCGCGCAGGCAUGGCACUUGAGAUCGACGGCAAAAUCUAUCGCGUGGGAAAGAACCAGCACGUGAAACCUGGCAAGGGCGGAGCGUACGUUCAGGCGGAGCUAAAGGAGAUCAAGACUGGAGCCAAGAUAAAUCGACGUUUUCGCGCUGCAGAAACUGUAAAUAAGGCACCACUGGGCCCGGACGAACAAUUCCAGUUCUUGUACUACAAUGGAGAUCAUCUCGUCAUCAUGCACAAUACAACGUUCGAACAGAUGGAGAUCGAGCGCAACCUAUUUUCGGGUCGUCAACUGGACUUUUUGCAGGAAGGCAUGCCAUUGUCGAUGCAGAUUGUCGAGGGUGACGUGCUGUGGGCUAAUAUGCCCGAGCACGUGACGCUCGAAGUGACGAAAACCACCCCGAAAGGUGUGGCGGAUACGGCGCUAAGCGUGAAAGACGCGACGUUGGAGAAUGGCGCCGUUGUAAAGGUGCCGUUGUUUAUUGAUAUCGGCAACAAGGUCAAGGUAUCCACGGAAGACGGCGCUUACGUGGACAAGCUGUAA